AUGAGGUUUUGCUUACAACCCUUACAUGGGAUGCAACUUAUGCCACAGAUCAUCUCAUUGCUAAUACUAGGAGUACUAGUGGUGUUUGUAUUACCAACAACAGCUGAAGUAGAUCAAGCCCUCUUGCCUCAAGCCCUGCAUGGCUGCUCCGACCACUGCGGUAAUGUCACAAUUCCAUAUCCAUUUGGCAUGGCUAAAGGUUGUUACCGGGGACCUGAGUUCUUUAUCAAUUGUACUACGGGUACCACUCCCGACGAAGAACCAAUACCAUAUUUGACAAAGAGAUCAGGCACUGAUAAUCUCAUUCAAAUCCACGUUACUAACAUCUCUCUUAAGGGUGAGUUGCAUGUUUUGCAGCCCAUAACCCGAGCUUGUGAUGCAGAUCUGAAUGUCGGUUUGGAAACUGAUCUCCCCCUGCCCCCUCCUUUCACCUUCUCCAAUACCAAAAACAAUUUUUUCACCAUUGGUUGUGGCUCUUCAGGAAAUCUUUUAGGCUUCCGUCCAGGCCUUGGCCUAGACGGACACACCUUGUCCAAUAUCCAUCGCUAUUGCUUCACCUUUUGUGACGAUAAUUCUUCAGGCAAUGACACCGACCUAGUAAUUACUGACGACUCUUGCUCUGGCUUUGCCUGUUCCCUGUCUUCACUCCCUAGUGGAGUGCAAUAUAUUUCUAUUAUAUUGAGUCGCAGUAUUCCUACCAACUGGGACUCUAGCUACCCGUGUAGGUAUGCCUUCCUUGCCGAAAAAAGCGAGUUCACAUUCUCCCCAAACACAAGUUUUCAGCAACUCAGCAACACAAGUCACCUUCCAGUUGUUGUCAAUUGGGAAAUUGGGGAUCAUGGUCCAUGUGAUUUAGAACAAAGGAGCAAGCAUGUUGACUUUGCUUGCAAGGGAAACAGCACAUGCAUAAAUUGGCCCAAUGUCAUCCGGCCUACAGGUUACAUUUGCCAGUGCAAGGAAGGUUACCAAGGAAACCCAUACCUUCCAGAUGGUUGCCAAGGUGAUGAGAUGAGAUCAUCUUAG